CAGAGGACUUAUUCCACGUGUGGGACCAUGACGAUCGCACGGAUUUUGUUGUGCGCCAUCUGCAUCUGGUAUCACGUUCAAGGAACGUAUAGUUCCUCAAGCUGCUCAUGCAAUGGAAAUGCUCUGUACUGUGUGCGAGACUCUUUGGGCCUGCGCUGUGCCAACUGCCAAGACAACACCGAAGGCCGGCACUGUGAGAACUGCAAGGAAGGAUACUACCACCAGAGAGCAGGAGAACGUUGCCUGCCCUGCUUCUGCAACCCUGUAGGUUCUGAGGGGGCAGGAUGUGACAGUCAGGGGCAGUGUGUGUGCAAGCGAGGUGUACAAGGGGCCCGGUGUGACCGCUGUGCUAACGGAUCUCCGAUCACAUCUUCCGGUUGUGAGGCGCUCCAGCAGAGGACUUGCUUCUGUAACGGUCAUUCAAACGAGUGCUACCCAGCCCGGGGUUACUCGGUUCACAACAUUGUUUCCACUUUCGAUCAAGGGAUGGACGGCUGGAAGGUCGUCACUGCUCCGAAUGUCAGUCCGUCCCAGGUGCAAUUCCGCUGGUCUCCGGCACACCACAGUGUGGAGGUCAUGUCUACAGACAUCCUGCCUGCUUACCUGUCUGCCCCAGCUCAAUAUUUGGGCAAUCAGGCUCUGAGCUAUGGUCAGACGCUAUCCUUUGUUCUCCGCCUGAGCCGAGGAGUCCGCUAUCCCUCCCCAUCAGAUGUCGUGUUAGAAGGAGCCGGAUUAAAGGUUUCUGCUCCACUGGGAAAUUUGAGGACCGUCAUCGCCUGUGGCAAGAAAAUUACCUACACUUUUAGGCUGGAUGAACAACGCAACAGCAAAUGGACUCCCCAGCUCUCAGCAUUAGAGUUUCAAACCCUUCUGAGCAACAUUACGGCCAUCAAGAUUCGAGUCACUUUCGGGGAAGAGGGAUAUGGCCAUCUGGACGACGUCACUCUGGUGUCAGCUCGGUUUGGUCCCGGCUUCCCGGCAACCUGGGUGGAGGAGUGUCGCUGUUCAGCAGGAUACGAAGGACAGUUCUGUGAGCGCUGUGCUGCAGGAUAUAAAAGACGUUUCCCUGAACGGGGCACCCUUAGCCAGUGUGAGCCAUGCGAUCCUGUAACAGGGGACUGCUACUCAGCUGAUGAGACUCCUAGUGAACAAGGCUGUGGUGCAGGAUACUACAGCGACCCUGAGAUUCCCGGAGCUUGCAAGAAGUGCCCAUGCCCCAUAGGCUUUAUGUGCUUAGUCACACCUGGGACCCUGAAUGUAAAGUGCAAAUGCCCAGCUGGGACCACAGGCUCUCAGUGUCAAAAGUGCAAGGAUGGUUUCUAUGGAGAUCCUCUUGGAGAGAGUGGCGUUCCACGACCCUGCCAGCGCUGCCACUGUAACGGCCACUUGGACUUAAACGCCGUGGGAAACUGUGACCGCUUGAGCGGGGAGUGUUUCAAAUGCCUGAACAACACUACAGGCUUUCAGUGUGAGAAGUGCUUGGAGGGAUUCUUCCACAGCAAAGCCGGGACUGUGUGCCAAGAAUGUAACUGCAACCCAAAGGGAUCGAUCGCCAGCUCCUGCAGCGACCAGGGCCAGUGCAAGUGUAAAGAUGGUUUCGAGGGACAAAAGUGUUUUAGAUCCACAUGUUCGUCAUGCUACGAUCCUGUCAAGAGCCAGAUCGGAAAGUACACGAAGAAGCUGCAGCAGGUCGAGGCUCUGUUUAACGAGGUGGGGACUGGCGGUGCGGACAUCGUUGCGGCCAUGGAGAAUGCAAUCAGCACCGCUGAGGAAAUGGUCAAGACGGUGGCGCGGGAAGCUGACGCACUUAAGGAAACAGAGAAGAUUCUUAAUGACCAGCUCUUAGCCAUUGGCAGCAGUCAGCAGAAAGGCAAGGGAAAAAUCCAGGGCAUCUCGAAGAUCAUAGAGAACGUCACUGGGCAGAAGCGGCGGUAUCAGCAAGAAGUAGCUGACAUCCAGAAACUUAUCGGUGAUAUUAAGCAAAAUCUGCGAACGGCCAAGCGGAACAUUCAAUCGGCUGAGCUCCCCAUGCAGGAUGUGGAUCCAGGCACAGACAUAGUGUCCGGUUUGGUUCAGAAAGCAAGCGAUCUUGCUGAGAAGCACAUGGGCGAAGCAGCAACAGUGGAGAAAACAGCCAAGAACUCUCUCCUGGAAGCUGAGAAAGCUUUGGCUCUCAUGCGCACCGUCAUCAGCGGCGAAAACAAAGUGGGCGAGCAACUUGAUGGCCUCAGGACUCGGUACGAGGCAGAUAUGGCCCAGGUGGAUGCCAUGAACAAGCUGGCAGCUCGUCUGAGUAAUGGUGCAGAGAAAGAAAGCACAGUAGCACUGGAUACCCUGAAACAAAUAUCUGACCUGGGGAAAAACCUUCCAAAGGCUCCAAAGGACAUCAAUGGCUUGUUCACUACACUGGAGGGUCUAGAGAAUUCAUUUGGGAGUGGCAUGGCAGGCUUCAUGGACCUUCAGAAUCAGGCUGGGGCUGAUCAGAGGGAGGCAGAGAAGCUAAUGCAACAGCUCAGAGAUGCUCAGGGGGUCCAGGGUAAAAUGCUUGCCAGGGCCAACAUUGCCAAAGCAGAUGCAGACAAAGCACUGGCGCUCUUUAACAACCUGGGCAGUGUGGAUCAAGAUCUGGAGAAACUCAAAGGAUUUGAAACCCAGAUUAACAGCAAUAAGGCUUUGGCUGAUGAUGCCCUUAGCAAACUGCCCAUAAUUAGCGGCAUCAUCGGGAAAGCUGUGAUCAACAAUGAUAAGACUCAGGCCGUCCUGGACCAGAUGGGUGACUACAGUGACGCUCUGGCCAAGCUGAACCAGCUGAAUACCUCUCUGGCCAACAUAGAGAAAAUGUCCGCUUCCUUUCCAUCCUCGGCGGAUCUUCUGAAAAGUGUCACGACCCUGAAAGGAGACCUGGAUGACCUGAAUAUCCAAUUGGACUCAACCAGUGAUAAAUUGACCAAAGAGAAAACAAAUGCUGAAAGAGAGAGGAAGCUAGCCGAGCAGGUUGAUCGGGAGGCCAGCGAAGCGUAUAUCAACGCAAACAACACUAGAGGUGCUGUCGGAGAUGCUCUGAAGACCGUGAAUAACCUUCUGGGGUUAUUAGGAACCCCAGGAGACCUCGACAAUAAGAAGGUGGCGGAUCUGGAGAACGCUAUAAAUACAAGCCGCAGGAGUGUGGAGACCGAACUCAAGCCCCGUCUCCGAGAGCUGGAGGACAAGGAGGCUCAGCAGAGAGCUGCCAUCACACGCAUGAUCAGCGAUAUCGAAACCAUCCUGGCCGAUAUCGGCAACCUGGAGCACAUCAACCAAACCAUUCCAAACGGCUGCUUUAACACGCCCCCCAUCGAGAGGGCUUAGUGAAAUGCAAUGGACUAAAGAAAAUGCCUCAGACACUUUUUUUUUCUUCCUUUUUGUGUGGAUUUUGUACCGAAUGUUUACGUCACCAUCUUUUACUAACUAUAUUUAUGUGUUUUCUUGGGACAAAAAGAGAACUGUGAUGAUAGCUUUAGAUACAAUUUGUUUUGUUUAUUGGAUUCCCAAAUACAUUCCCAUUUACAGUAUAAUGCAGCAGCUAAGGUGUGUGUAUGUUAGCAUGCAAAACCGAAGCCUGCGAAUGACUAUGUCGUUUUGAAAACUAUCAGUAUUUAUUGUGUGUAUGGUGCUUUUUAAAUAAAACGUUCUGGAACUUUAAUUACAAA